AUGGGCCAAACCCCCUCUCUUCCCCAACCCAACACUCCCCUCCUUGUAAUCGGCGCCGGCCUCCCCCGAACAGGCACAUCCUCCCUCUCCCUCGCACUCAGCACCCUGCUUCACGGCCCCGUUUACCACGGCGGCACGCAAGCCACGCUCGGCCCAGAAAUCGAGAUCCGAUCUUGGAUAACGCUUCUGUCAGCCUGGCCCUCCAACCGCACCCUCACCACACGCAUCCUGAAGGAAAGACUAACAGGCUACGCCGCUGUGACCGAUUCCCCCUGUAAUGGGUUGGUCGAAGAGUUGGUAGACUUGUAUCCUGAUGCGGUAGUUAUAUGUACGAUUCGCGACCCAGAUGCGUGGGUGGAGAGUAUGGCGACGGUGGCGAAUGCAGCGACGUUAUCUUUCUUGAGGGUUGUGCUGUUUUGGGUGCCGACGAUGAGGUGGUUCCCGCAGUAUAUUGUGCAGUUGAGGAGGCAGUGGGUCACGCUGUAUGGGCGGCCGGAACCGGCAACGAGAUGGCAUUGGGAUAGGCACGUGGAGUAUUUGAAAAGAGUGGUUCCGGAGGAGAGGUUGGUGUGGUAUGAUGUGAGGGAGGGGUGGGGCCCGUUGUGUAAGGCGUUGGGGAAGGAGGUGCCGGAGCAGGAGUUUCCGAGGGUUAAUGAUGGGAAGGCGAUUGAAGAGUUGGCGAGGCGGAUGAUCUUGAGAGGAUUGGGGCGGUGGGCGCUUGUGCUGAUGAGUGUCGGAGUGGGAGUGGCGGGAUGGUGGAUGGCCAGGUCAUGA